UCCACGGCAAUUAAUAAGUCGAAAAGCAGUGUUUACCAUCGGAAGUAUUUUUCUGUACGUCGAGGAAAAGGAAAAUCGUUUUCACAAGAACGCGGGAAAUGUUCAUUUUUACUAAGUAUUUGAAAUGUGUUUACUGUCUUUAAGACGUUCGCGCAAUUAAAUGCCCAUUUUCAUUGAAGAAUGGAUAGGUACGUGUUAUGUAUCGUUUGCAGUUCUCCAGGACAGAGCGGAGGCGAGCUGAAAUGCGCUGAAGGAUUGAGAAUUGCUGGUAGAUUGUAUGAGCUUCUGAAAGAGAACUGCAGGAACUCGGUUAACUCAGAGUUAUCAUAUUUUCCAGCUUGUUCUUUAACUGGCAUUCCUGUUUUACAAAAGUCAUUUUUUGCCAUUCAAGUAAUCAAUGGUUUUUCACAGUUCUGCAUUCCUGAAUGGGAAGAAAUCAUUUGUCCCAAGUCUAAAAGUAAUACUGAAGAAAAAUAUAGUUCACCAAUUCAGAUUUGUGAAAAUGCUGUCCAAAGUCUAAAAGAAGCAGGUGAUGACCCAGGAUCUCUAUUGCCAGCAGAUAUUUUUGAAGAUGCAGCUGAGAGUUUACAUCAAUUAUCAGAUAAACUUCCUCCUCCUGGAAAGGCACUGGUAGAUGUAAUCUUGAUGACUCUUGAUGAUAAUGCCUCCCUGCUUAAAGAAUACCUACCAGUUAUUGGUUCUUUGAAACAUAUGAAAGAGUGGCAUUUUGCUAAAAUAACAUUUGCAACUAAUGAUGCAGUAAGGUGGCAGAGACAUGCUGCAUAUUUAUCAGCUCAAUUUUGUGAUCUUAGUAAUCUUGAAAGCUUCCUAGAUUUGAAGGAAAUCUGGCGUGGAAGCAUUCUUAUUCAUCAGAAAAAGUUUACAUCAGACAUAAGAUUUUCAGGAUUCAGUUUGAAGAGGAUCCAUAGAAUGCCUAUAAGCAGCUUGUUUUCUUUAGAGGGCUCAGACAAUUUUUCAGUACGGGCUUCAAACAAAAACUAUAAUGAGGUAUUCCAUUAUUAUAAACCUGUACUGGAACUGGUGCAGUUACUGCAGAUUUCUGAUCUUCCACUUUACUUCUAUUCAGGCAUGGAGUUUGAACUUACAGUAUCGUCAAAGAUAAAACCUAGCCACCAGUCUAAUCUGCUCUUGGAUCAACUGUGUACACUUCAAGGAAAGGUUGGAGCGGUCUUCAGUUUGUCUUGUACUGUAAGUAGCAUAGCUAUUCCAUCAGCCAGCCAGCUAAGCUCAAGAAAAUGGAAGGAAUUUAUUAUAAAGAAACCUAAAUCGUUGUCUGGUCCUUGUGUUGAAUUAAAAGGAGAACACUGUAAAUAUUUCCUGCUUGUCCAGGGUGAUGGAAAUGGAAGCUGCAAAGCCAGACUUAUUCAUUCUGCUAAUCAGUUAAAUGGUGCUGCUGCUAUUUCUACCAUAAAUGGACUGCUAAAAGACAAAGUUAUAUGUAGAGAAGAUGUGUUGACAAAGUGGAUUGACAAUAUAUCUUUCCUAAAUGAAAAUCACCUGCUUCAGAGAGAAGAUAAAGUUGCUCAGCUCCAAGAAAAUGUACUGAAAGACUAUCUGCGAAACAGAGAAGAAAAUGGGAAACCUGCAUACAUUCAAGUGAAUGAUUUAAAGAAGCUUUUAACGUUUACAAAGGAAAAAUACAUGGAAGCAUAUGAAGUGGGCCUUCCCAAAACUACAAUUCUUGAGUGGGAUAAAAUGAGAAAUAAUCCUAAAGAGCAGCUCGAUCAUGAAAUAAGUCAUCCUCAUUCUUCAGAUUUGCCUGAAAAAAGUGCACUUCCCAACCUUGAAAGAACUGCACAAAUGAUGAGAAUGAGCACCAUAUUGACCAGAUCUACAGAAUCUAUAUUAGGACCUAGGAAUAGUCAUCGAGUGUUUUCUAUUCAACUGGAUGCAAAAGAACUACUGAAGUACUUUACACCUGAAGGACUUCCAAUGGUUGAACUGCAGCCACUUGAAAUACAUAAAGGGGAAAACACCUUUCAACCCUUACUUGAUCUGACACCACUGAAGCUGCAACAUCUUUCAUUUAAGGAAGCAACUACAUCCCAUUACCAUGGAAUUGAGUUUUGCUUGGAUGAACAAAGAGCUUUGGAGCGAGAUAAAGCUUUUGCAAAAUUACAAUCACGUCUUAUUAAAUUUGAGACUCACACUACUUGCUCAAAAGAGUCUUGUGCCACAGCAUUUGCUCUGAGCCCGGUGCCAUCACCAGCAGUUCUUUCUGAGCCAGGAAGUGUCCCUGAUGGGGAAAUAUUUCAGUCAGAACACAAGACAGAAAUGUCUAAACAAAAGUGCACUUUUGAAGGAGCUGAAGGUAUUCAGAUGCGAAAGAGAUUUGCAAAGUCAGCCAGCACAGAUUCUCUCAUUUCCCAAUCUAGUAGCAACAGCAGUGGUCUGAGUCACCUAGUUUCUGCACCACAGGAUCAAAAAAACAGAUCCAUAACAUCCAAUUUCCAUAAGCAGCAACAUAUUACAUCUUUAAAGUCUACUGCAAAGCAAGAACAUGAUAGCCUUGAAAAGUCUCAGGAGUCAAUAAAGGAUAAUCCAAAAAAAGAAUCUCGGUCUCAAAAACAUACGAAGAUGCUUGAAGAGGUUGUAGCAAAAACACUAAAGCAUCAUGGUAUUACUGGAGAACACGCAAACUUUUCAAUAUUCAGCCAACGACUGUUUGAAAUAUGCAAGCUUUAUCUAAAGGAUCUGAAAACAUCCAGAGGCCUUUAUGAAGAAAUGAAUAAAGCUGCUAACAGUAAUGUGAAGCAGGUAAUUGAAUGGGUUUUGGAAAAGACCACAAAAAAAUGACCCUCCUAUACAUGUCUGCUGGGACUUACAACAGCCAGUAUUCAACUGUUCAGAAGCCAGUAUUUGAGGAUUUUGUAAAAUUGUUAUGAUUUGUCUACUUCUUUAAUUAACAUAUUUUCUUGUGUCUAAUUUAUUUUAUGUCCUUUGCAGCAAAACAUGUUAAGAAUGUAAUAAUUAAAUAUAAUAUACCACAUUCAGAUCUUUUUAUUAAUAAUCAUGGAUUUUAUUUAAAGAAAAUGUUGUAAAGAGUACAUUCAUGAAAUGUGAUAUUUGAACUUUGAACCAUCAAUAGUGUAGUUAUACAGUAUUAUAAUUAAAAUUACCCCAAAAAUUAGGAAUGAAAAAAGUCAAAGCUUUUAAUUUAAGAAAAUGUCUGUGAUUUAUUAAAGUUUAUUUCUUCUUCAAGCCUCAGUUUUCAAAACUAUCCAGCCUUUCUUGUUUUAACACACACUGGUUUAUAAUCAUAAUGGAAACAUAAUAAUAAUCUUUGCAUUUCUAUAGCGGGGCGGCAUGGUGGCGCAGUGGUAGCGCUGCUGCCUCGCAGUAAGGAGACCUGGGUUCGCUUCCCGGGUCCUCCCUGCGUGGAGUUUGCAUGUUCUCCCUGUGUCUGCGUGGGUUUCCUCCGGGCGCUCCGGUUUCCUCCCACAGUCCAAAGACAUGCAGGUUAGGUGGAUUGGCGAUUCUGAAUUGGCCCUAGUGUGUGCUUGGUGUGUCCUGCGGUGGGUUGGCAUCCUGCCCGGGAUUGGUCCCUGCCUUGUGCCCUGUGUUGGCUGGGAUUGGCUCCAGCAGACCCCCGUGACCCUGUGUUCGGAUUCAGUGGGUUGGAAAAUGG